AUGGGUACUAAGUGUUGGAAUGAUAGUUUUAUGGCAAGAUACUCCGCGUUUAACCCUUAUCGGUUGAUACAGAGAGAAUGUGGUUUUCCAAGACCAGUUGGUAGCGAUGAUGCUGUAGCCCGCAGUUUAUACUGUGGGAUGAAACCAAUUGCUUCAUGGGACUGCGAUCAAUAUAACGCUCUUCCUACUGGUGGUGUUUUUAACCUUGAAUUUUCCCCGGAAGGAUCACUUUUAGUUGCAGCAUGUGAGAAGAAAUCCAUACAAAUAUUUGAUCCUCUUACUCACCAGAGAAUAUAUUCUGUUAAUGGAGCUCAUUUAGAUUGUGUUAACUGUGUCAAAUUUCUUGAUGGCCGAAUGUUUGCUACAUGUUCAGAUGACACAACAAUUGCAUUAUGGGAUGUUCGUCACUUAAAGAAGAAAAUACGUUCACUUUUAGGACAUUCAAAUUGGGUUAAAAAUAUAGAAUUUUCUGUUAAAGACAAACUUCUAGUCACCUCUGGGUUAGAUGGCAGUAUCUAUACUUGGGAUAUUAAUUCAUAUACAGAGUUUAAUCUAGUCUACCAAAGAGUAUUUCAUGCAUCAGGUUUGAUGCGGUGUAGAUUAUCUCCUGAUGCCAAGCAAAUGGUGAUGUGUACCACAGGUGGACUUCUUGUGAUUAUUCAUGAUUUGAACUUAUCCAUGUUGGCUCAAGACUUACAUGGUUUUAAGCCAAACUUGUAUAGGUUAAUGCAAAUGAGCCGUCAACUUAUACCCAUAGCAGCAAUGUAUGAUCAUUUGUUUGAUGUCAAAAGAACAGAGAAUAGAGUGGAGUUUGUAUCAGAUUUUCCGGAUGGAAAUGAUGCAGAAGUUGUGAGUGCUUUACAGAUACACCCUCAAGGUUGGAGCGCACUUAGUAGAAACAUCAGUCACGAUGAUAGGUCUGAGUGGUCAUGUAUCCAUGACAUUCAACCACACGCCCCUACUUCCGAUAAGAGCGUUCGUGAUUCUUCCCCCCCUCCGCCGCCACCCCCUCCCGCGACUCGCCGGCCGGUCCCGCGAAGAACCCCGCGGCGACGCACCAGGCCCUAUAGAUCACCAAGACCUAUGGCAUCGGUUACGCCAGUACCAACAGGGGAUAGGUCUCGCGAGAGGCGCGAGCGGGAAGAGGAGAGAGUAACGGAGCGGGAAGCAGAACCAGAAGCAGGGCCUAGUUCGGGCGAAGCUGCGCAACCGCCACGACUGGGCUUGGGGUUAUCGAGUAUCCAAAAUGACGUAUGGGAAGCGUCAAUUACGAUCAAACAGCAUAGAGUGCUGCAAGAGAUGUAUAGCAGGGGUCAGGUGGGUCGUAACUUCAAUAUGCAGCGAAUCCUGGGCAUCAAUACGGGUAUAACUCCGCCCGCCGCGCUUCGCCCGCGUCCGCUGUCUCUGUAUCCGCGCCCUGCUCGCGCAGAGGCUGCUCGCCUAUUGCCGCGCCUACAACCCGCUAUGUCUAAUGACGCCAUCUACUAUAGCAGAACACUGCCUUCAACUUCCGGCCAAACUCCAUCGAGUGGGAGAGAGAGGGAUAGUGUGAGUGAGGGGGAGGAUGAAACGAGACAUUACCGAAUUCACCAAAAUAAAGAUAGACUGCUCUAUCAUGUAGAAGAGACCAAUGAAGGAAAAGGAUUUAUUAAGGAAUUAUGCUAUUCAGCGGACGGUCGACUCGUGUGUUCACCUUUUGGCCGCGGCAUGCGACUUCUUGCCUUGAAUGACUCCUGCAGUGAACUCUCACAUUGUGUUCAAGACCAAAACUGUCCAGCUCAAAUGGUUGAGGUCGGUCAGAGUCUGGGCAUACACCAGGAUUUAGUUGUCAGCUCCAAGUUUAGCCCUCGUCAUCAUCUCCUAGUUACUGGAUGUCUUGAUGGGAAAAUCGUCUGGUAUGAGCCCCAUAGUGGUGAGGCACUGUAUUAA